UAUAACACUUUCAGUAACUCACGGUGAUAGUCAUUUCACUUACGCUUCGGUUCUCGAUCGUCAAAUGUUCACGAGGAUUUUUUUCGCGUUGUGCUGUGCGCUAAAAGUAGUUGCCGCAAAUAUUGGUGAGUUGCGACAUGGAGAUAUGGAUUUGUUUCCUGAUUUACCUGUGGGACAUGUGGAUACGGAUAAUAUUCUCUGUCAGGAUCACUUCAAGUUGUACAUCGAACACUUGAAAAAUAUGAGUUUGUGGGCUUAUAAAAUGAGGGAUUCUACUGCCAAAUCCGUCACUGGUUUAUUGACAGGAAGUAUAUUUCAGUUUGGCCAAUUUGAAGAAUGCCUCUCCGUCCAAUCGCCGUUUCCUAUUCAGUAUUGCUUGACAACAAUAUCUGCAAAUGUUCCAGAACCCAAUCCACCUAGGAACCCCAAAUCGCUUAUUUACAGACCCGACGAAUCUGUGUUGAGGAAAAUUUACAAUAAAAAGGACCCAUCUCAACAACCAGAAAAUAUUGUUUUGAUGGGUUGGUGUGUUCCAGCAUCAUGCGCAGCCAAGGAUCUCCAGCGUUAUCUAAAUAAAUAUCUGGCAGAAGUUGAUUUUCACAUGAAACAUUGGAAUGUUACAUAUGAAGCCGUUAUUGAAGAAUACAGUUGUCAGGAAAGUGGUAAAAAGUCACAAUUAGAUCAAGCAGAUAUCUCUUUUGGGCUGAUAUCGAUAAUUUUAGUAUCAGUUGUGAUUGGGUCUACUCUAUAUGACGCCUUGAGGGAUUCCACUAUAGACAAAUUGGGAUCAAAAUCACAAUUCACGAAAUUGCUUUUGGCAUUUUCUUCAAAAAAGAACUAUCAGAAACUAUCUUAUGGUGAUUCAAAUUCAGCUUUAUCGAUUUUGUAUGGCAUGAGGGUGAUCUGUAUAUGCAUGAUUAUCAUGGACCACCGAUUUGGAACUCAUUUAGCGUCAGGAAUCCUAAAUUUCAAUAUUGUGGAGGAG